UUGCGUGUACGCCCUCCUUUUUCACCCUCUCCUUUCGGUUCGAGCGAAGCUGUUCCUCCGUAUUCGUUCGUGCUCGGGUACAAAAUUGCGUAUAAUCGCACGCACGCCGAUUUUUCGAAAAGGGCGAGGCAAGGAAUCCCCCGAUUUGGAAAGAUUCCCCCGUCCGCCGCCUACGACCCACCGAUCCCUCCCCGAUUUCCUGCUCCCGUGCUUCGAUUGGUGCGGAGAUUGGGUUCUCCGGCCUGUUUCUUGCCCAAUCUGGUCUCUCCGCGCGAUUCGAUUCGAUCCGGUGGGUGCUGGUUCAAGUGGGGGAGUGGGAAUCUCGGGGUGAUAUCGCGCGGAUUCCCCCACUGCUCGAUCUGUUUCGGCCCGUGCUGCUGCGCCAAAUCCCCGCUGCUGCUGUUUCUUGCUAGUCUCGGCGCCAUUUCGACCCGCGCGCCCGGAUCCUUGGAUGAUUCCGAUCGAUCCAGGACCAAGGCGCGCAAGAUUUCACCACCUCAGGGUUCCGAAAGAUUUGUUCAGGGUUCCUGCGGCGGUGGAUCCAUGACGGGGGAGAAGGCGCCGCGCGCGUUCUCCAUCGAGGAGCUGCCGGGUCACCUCAUCGGGGAGGUCCUGACCUCCGGCCGCCUCACCGCUGCUGACCUAGCCAGGCUCGAGGCCACCUGCCGCGCGCUCAGGCCGCUCGCCGAGUACGCCGCAUCAAAGCUCUGCGCGGCGCGGGUGGCGUUCGCGGCCGUGGGGCCCGCGGCAAGGGGGGAGCUACUGGAGAGGUGUGGGGGCAGCUGGAAGAAGGUGCUCAGGUUCCUGCAGUCCGUCGAGCAGUCGUCGGGCACCGUCGAGACCUCCUCCGGCAACAUGCAAGUAGCCACAGGAAGAUAUCACACACUUUUGGUCCAUGACUCUUCUGUCUAUUCUUGUGGGUCCAGCUUGUGUGGUGUGCUAGGUCAUGGCCCAGAUACUACUCAGUGCGCGGCAUUCAGUCGUGUUUCCUUCCCAUCACUUUCCCGUGUUAUCAACAUUUCUGCCUCACACAACCAUGCUGCAUUUGUUACGGAGUCUGGGGAGGUGUUCACUUGUGGUGAUAAUUCAUCAUUAUGCUGUGGUCAUGGUGAAGUGGGGAGAACUAUUUUUCGACCAACGCAAGUAGAAGCACUUAAAGGAAUUUCUUGCAAGCAGGUUGCUACUGGUCUAAGUUUUACUGUGAUUCUUACAAGGGAUGGACAAGUGUAUACGUGUGGAAGUAAUACGCAUGGCCAACUUGGUCAUGGUGACACUAUAGACAGGGCCACUCCAAAGAUUGUUGAAUUAUUUGAAGGCCUCGCUCCGGUGGUCCAGAUUGCAGCCGGUGCAAGCUACACAUUUGCUGUAACAGAUGAUGGAACAGUUCAUUCCUUUGGGUCUUGCACUAAUUUCUGCCUUGGACACGGGGAUCAGCAUGAUGAACUUCUUCCACGGGCCAUCCAAUCAUUUAAGAGGAGGAACAUUCAUGUAGUUCGUGUUUCUGCUGGAGAUGAGCAUGCUGUGGCUCUUGAUGCACUGGGAUACGUUUAUACAUGGGGCAGAGGUUACUGUGGAGCCUUAGGUCAUGGUGAUGAGAACGACAAAACUAGCCCAGAAUUGAUCACCAGUCUGAAGGGUCAAGUUGCUGUGCAGGUAUGCGCAAGGAAGAGAAAGACCUUUGUUCUCACUGACGAGGGCUCAGUUUUUGCAUUUGGAUGGAUGGGCUUUGGGAGUUUAGGGUUUCCUGACCGAGGAUCAUCUGACAAAGUAAUGAGGCCUCGUGUUCUCGAGAGUCUGCGGGAUCACUAUGUCUCCCAAAUAAGCACUGGAUUGUACCACACUGUUGCAGUGACAAAUAAAGGCAUCGUAUUUGGGUUUGGAGACAAUGAGCGAGCACAACUUGGGCAAGAGUACAUUCGUGGAUGCUUAAAACCUACCGAGAUAAUGUUCCAGAAGAGCAUGGAAGAUAUAGCAAUUGCGGCACCUAGCGGUUAAACUCAAGGCCAAGAGUAUGGAGGAUCACCAUUUAAGAUACAACAACCUGCAUAUGCUAUUUUAAUCAUGAAAUUCUUCUUGGCAAGUGUAUUUUAUACAUAGUUUUCCAGUGGUUUGUGAGUAUUUGGGUGAACGGGGGAAGAGCAAAGCCGGAGGACAAUGUUGUAGCUAAAGGAGCAUAUAUAGUGUAGUUAUGUAAUGUGUGAUGUAUUGAAAUAAUUUAACCCUCCAUUUUUGUUCUGUAUAAAAUUAUUGUCGUGUUUA